AUGUCCGGGGAGGAGAAGGAGAAGAUUCGAAUCCUUCACGUCGCCAACAUUUCGAUGGCAGCGACAAGAGACCAUGUUUAUAACAUGUUCAAUUAUAUCGGCAAAAUCGAAGAUCUCAAAAUCUAUCCAUCGGAAGGAAAUGUGACAUCAAGCACCACAAGCAAGUCAGCUUUUGUCAAAUUCGAUGAAGAACGUUCAGUUGAAGUUGGUCAGCAUUUAACCAAUGUGGUUUUGGUUGACAUGGCGAUUAUUUGUAUUCCCUAUUUGCAAAGUGUAAUUCCCGACGAGGCGACAUUCUUCAACAGCGGUGGAAGUGUUACAGCCGGACAGCGACAACUCCCACCACAUUGUUCCAAUAAAAUCCAAGAGAUUGGCGAUGGCACAAGCUUGGUGAGAUUUUCCCUUCAAAUUUUUUUAUUUUUCCAGCCUGAUUCGCACCGCCCACUCCCCUGUGCAUCUCCUAGGAGUCGCCAAAAAGUCCCUUUUCCCUCGAAACCUUCCUAAUUUCCCGAUUUUUUCAGUUGCUUACAGUCGACCCCACAUUGGAACAACUCGGCCUCCCACAAUAUCCAGCAUUGCCCGGCGACACGGAUUCGGCGAAAGUUGAGGAGAUACGACGCACGAUUUAUGUUGGAAAUUUGCCAAAGGGUGUGGAUGGCAAUAAGGUGAUGGAGUUCUUCAAUAUGUAUGUAGGAGAGGUGAGUUUUUUUUUAUUUUUUGGUGAAAAUUGGGGUCCUGGAAGUUCAAAAACCCUUCAUUUCUCAAUAAACCUCCUGAAUUUCUCUCAAUCGUUCACUUUUUCUGCGGCGAAAUCAUCGAAAUUCUCGAUUUCCUACUCAUCUUCGACAUUUCCUCAAAAUUUUUCGAACUUUUAUCCUUGAACGUAUAAAUUGUGUUAUCCAUAAGCCAUUUCUCAUAAAUCAACGAAGUCAUACAACCAUAAUACAGGCAAUUAAACCAAAAAGAUAUCCACCAAAUCAUUCGAAUCGUCCCAUUUCCCAUUGCUUCAUCUAAAGCGGACAUCAUUACACGGGGACCAUAAUACACUCCGAGAUAGGCAAAUCUGCAAAAUUUUGUAUUUGUUGAUCAAAUAACCGAUAGAAAAUGUUUAAAAAAUGAGCCGGACCUUGAAAUUCCAGUCAUUUCAUAAUUUUUUGCCUGAAAUUUGUUGAAUUUCAGGCUUGAAAAUCUGAAAAUGACUGGAAUUUUAUAGGUUCCGCACAGGGGAACCUAUCGUCAAUUUUUUUUUGCCAAACCAACCUCGCCAUAUACAAAAUCCAAGCAAUCGCACACACAAAAUCCAUAACAUCUUCGCUCAAAUCAGACAAUGGUCUCGGAAAUGACAUUUCCCACCAUUUUCGCAUUCCCAACGGCUCCAGAACGAACUCAUCGCCACAAAUUGUGCAUUUUAUGUGACCGGUGGCUUUUACCCAUUGCUCCAAACACGGGGUGUGUGUAUAAGCGACGGAGCCCGAGCACGAGCAUGGGCGGAUUAGUUUGUUGGUUUUCUGUGAGGAAAUAAUUGUAUUUAGAGCAUAAAUCUGCCUGAACCUUGAAAUGUCAUCAAUUUUCGUAAGAAAUUUCCGUCAAAACUAGAAUUUUUGACCGAAAUUCGAAAAUUGUUGAAAUUUCCGGGUUCUCGCGCAGGGAAAUCUAUCGUCAAUUUUUUUUCGCUCCAAAACCUGAAAACCACCGUAUUCUGUUUCAAAAUACAUCAUUUUUGGUCUUGCAGCGAUCUACAGUAAUUUCAAAGGCGCAAAACCGUACCGUUUCAUAGUCGAAACAAAUUCGACACACCACACUUUGUUGUUGAGCAUUUGUCGAACGAACACUUCUUUUCGAGCACAUUUUUGCGAAAUUUCAACGAGUAGAAAUGACGGGGGAUUUGGGAGGCCAGGAUUUUUUAUACGUGGGGGAUUUGAAGGGUCACGUGGAAAUUUUUUUGAAAAAAAAAAAAUUUUUGCAGGUAAUGUACGUUCGUCUGGCAAAAGGUUCUGAAGGUCUACCAUGUGCCUACGCAUACAUCGAAUUUUCGCAACAAACCUCAAUCCCGAUUGCCCUGCAAAAUAAUGGAAUCGAUUUUCACGGCCGACAAUUGCGAAUUCAACAUUCGCGCGUCGCAAUUCUCAAACCGCAACAAAAAACCGAUAGUCAAGCGCUGGAGGAGGUCGAAGAGGCGAUUCGUCUCGGCCGAACUGGCGGCGAUGAUUCGUCGUCGCGCGACAGGCGACGUUCUCGUUCGCCACCGCGUCGCACUAGUCGCCGCUCGCCUUCGCCAGUGCGACGACGUCGAUCACCGUCGCCGCCGCGACGAAAGAGAAGUCGGAGUCGCGAUCGCGACAGGAAGCGAAGCAGAGAUCGAGGAGAUCGUAGAAGAAGUCGUAGUCGUGAUCGAGACACGAAGAAGAGAUCGAGAAGUCGUGAGAGACGCAGGGAGAGAGAGCGAGAUUCGAAGAGGAGAAGUAGAUCACGCGAAAAUCGCAAGCGAGAUUCGUCGCGUGAACGAGAUAGUCGCAGAAAGAAGGAGAAAAGUGAUGAUGAGCAAUUGUUGAGAGAGAAAUUGUUGGAAAAACAGACGAGUCGAAAUAAGGUGAGAGGAUUUUUGAGCUGAAAAUCUGGAAUAUGAGCAAUGCUUCGAAUUUUGAGCCAAAAAUCGAGAAAUUCUGACAAUUUUGAGUUAACAUGAGCAAUCCUAUGAGUUUCGCUCAAAAUUCUUCAAAUUUUUUCUCAAAAAAUUUGUAUCAUUGCUUAUGUUAGCCAAAAAAUAAAUGACAAAACACAAAAUGUCAAAAUUUCAGAAUUUGCACUCAAAAAAUCCAAAAAUUAAACUUUCGAUGAAAAAUGCAACAAUUUCCAGAAAGUAUUGAACUUUGGCUCAAAAAUAUCCUAAAAUUAAUUUUUCGAUGAAAAAUUCAACAAUUUCUGAAAAUCUCGAAUUUUAGCACAAAAAAUUCAAAAUUUUCUGAAUUUUUGCUCAAAAAAAUCCUAAAAUUUAAUUUUUCGGUGAAACAUUCAAAAAUUUCCAGAAAGUCUUGAAUUUUGGCUCAAAAAUAUCCUAAAAUUAAUUUUUCGAUGAAAAAUUCAACAAUUUCUGAAAAUCUCGAAUUUUAGCACAAAAAAUUCAAAAUUUUCUGAAUUUUUGCUCAAAAAAAUCCUAAAAUUUAAUUUUUCGGUGAAACAUUCAAAAAUUUCCAGAAAGUCUUGAAUCUAGCCCAAAAAAUUCGAAUUUAAUUUUUUUUUUUGCAGGAUUCAUCGGAUAGCGAAUGGGAAGAAGCAAAACCCUCAAAUGGCGAUGGUCGAAAACGAAAAAUUUCAGAAUCAGCAUAG